UCGAACUAUCUGGCAAUACCCAGCCGAAUUUUGUUUGUCAUCCGCAUUUAGCAUCCGAGUUUUUCAAUUCUGAAUUUACAAUUUAACAAUGGCACUGGCAGAAAUUUGCAAGAUUAACAAUGCGCCAUACAUGAGGCGUACAGCUUGGGACCUAAGUGAGGUGGAGGAGGACCUUAAAGCCCAUACCAGCAACUUGGCCAACCCCUAUGCACUCGCAGCUCCUCCAUUCGAGAACCCCAUGCACAACCUGAACCUCAUCCAAGCCAACGCUGACAAGACCGGCAUCAAAAUCGACUUCGACCACGGUACCACAACACUUGGAUUCAAAUACAAGGGUGGAGUUAUCCUGGCUGUGGACUCCCGAGCCACCGGUGGUCAGUACAUUGGCUCGCAGACGAUGAAGAAGAUUGUUGAGAUCAACCAAUUCCUACUGGGAACUUUGGCCGGUGGAGCCGCCGACUGUGUCUACUGGGACCGAGUUCUGUCCAAGGAAUGUCGCCUGCACGAGUUGCGCAACAAGGAGCGUAUUUCUGUGGCCGCCGCUAGCAAGAUCAUGGCUAAUAUUGCUCACGAGUAUAAGGGCAUGGGCCUGAGCAUGGGUAUGAUGCUGGCAGGCUAUGACAAGCGUGGUCCUGGAUUGUACUACGUAGAUUCCGAAGGCUCCCGCACUCCAGGUAAUCUGUUUUCCGUGGGAAGCGGUUCGCUCUUUGCCUAUGGUGUCUUGGACUCUGGAUACCACUGGGAUCUGGAGGAUGAUGUCGCUCAGGAGCUGGGACGACGUGCUAUCUACCAUGCCACCUUCAGGGAUGCUUACUCGGGAGGCAUCAUUCGUGUCUACCACAUGACUCCGAAUGGGUGGAUUAAAAUCUCCGAGACCGAUUGCAUGGAGUUGCAUUACAAGUACGAGGAGCAGAAAGCCAAAGCUGUUGCUGCUCAAUAGGGUGUGGAUUUAAUUAUUACUGGAUAUAAGAUAUGCAAUCAAACUAAGUUUGUAUUUCCCUGAAAAAAUAAAGAUGUGCUUUUGUGGUA